UUUAGAAAAUCGUGACCACAUAUCGCCAUUGACAUGACGUUAACCUGAAGAGAUCUGUACUUGUUCACCAUUUUCAAACAAAAUAAGGCAAGGCGAUGGACGUCAUUUACAUUUUGAUCUAUCUGACGCUGGUCGGCUCGCAAAGUGUCGAAGCACUGGAAUGUUUCGACUGUGCAGACAUCGAUGAUAUAGAUGACUGUCUCAAUACCACCCAUUGCAGCGUCGGACAGUCGUGUUACCAGGAUUUGAAACAGACUGAAAACUCUCCACGGUAUACCCUAGGUUGCACUGAUAAUCAGGUGUGUGGACACCUAUCUAAUGAGUUUGUAGGACGGGACCUUACCGAGCGUCAAACUCAGGACUGUCAUGAAUGUUGUAGCACAGCUAAUUGUAAUAAGCAUCUUUGUGAACAUUUAAAACCUUCCGCAUGUAUUGAUGAUGUCAAUGCGGACUGUGCUUGGCUAAACACGAUUGUCAAUAUAUGUGAGGACAUUCAGCAUGCAAAAACGGUCUGUGCAAAGUUUUGUGGCCUCUGUCAUUUAGUUGACGGAAAUUGGGCUGACUGGUCCCCGUGGUCUACUUGUGAUGUAACCUGUCAGAAUGGUACCCAAACUAGGACACGUACAUGUACGAACCCAGCACCUGCUUAUGGCGGCUUGGACUGUGUCGGAAAUAGUACAGAUUUUAAAAUAUGCUACACAGGGAAACUUUGUCCAGUUCACGGCGGAUGGAGCGGCUGGGGCCAGUGGGAAUCGUGUCCUGUCACAUGUGGCACGGGAAUCGAAACACGACACCGAAGUUGUUCAAAUCCCUAUCCUGAUAGAGUCGGGGAUCAUUGCUUUGGUGAGGGAAUGGAUGUAAGGCUGUGUAUGCCUGGCCCAUGCGCAAAUGGGGGAUGGUCCGGCUGGGGAACAUGGAGUUCAUGUAGUUUGACAUGCGGAGGAGGACUCAAAUCACGAUCACGAAAUUGUACUAAUCCACGUCCUUCACUGGCUGGCAGGCCAUGCUACGGUGAUCCAUCACAUGUUACUUCUUGCAACAGCAAUCCUUGCCCAACCCCAUCCGUUUCUUUCCGAAGUAAAGGAUUGAACUGA